AUGAAUGUGACAAAACAGUUUUGUGUUGUUAAGUUCCGUGAAAUGCUUUUUUUGGAAACAGAAGAAUAUCAAAUAGUACCAUCUACAUGGAUUUUAGCGGGUUCAAAGGAAGAUGCUAUGAUAGCCUUUCCAUUAAUGAACAAAACAAAACUCUCAGAUACAGUGCAAAAGAAGGAACCACCUCGUGAAAAAUGGCUAUCUUUUCCUGCUAGUAUCGAAUUUGAAACUGGUGAGCAUUGUACCACAUAA